GUGACAUGUCACCGGCUGACCUAACCUAAGUUUCUUCAACUGUUCAACAUAAAAUUGUAAACUAAACUUUAAACAAAAUGAAAUAAACAGCAAUUAAGAUUUUAAAUUAUUAUCCAUUUCCAAUCCAACAUAAAAUAAAAAAGAUGGCUUUCUUAGAAGACACCAUUGUGUUGUUAAUAUCACAAGUGAUAUUUUUCGUUGGUGCUCGUACCUUUUUUAUGAAACAAUUAUUUAAAGAUUACGAGGUACGACAUGUUUUAGUAUAUUUAAUUUUCUCUAUAACUCUCAUGCUAUCAUGUACAAUGUUUGAGUUAAUUAUUUUUGAAAUCCUGAAUUGGUUGGAAGCCAGUUCUAGGUCAUUCUUUUGGUCUGUAAUACUUUAUUCACUGCUAUUUGUUGUGAUUGUGUUAAAUCCAAUAUACAUUUCAUAUUCAUGUAUAAGCAACAUAAGUUUUGUGAGAGCUGAUUAUAUUAAAUCUCUCACAAUAUGUGUCUGGAUAAUAUUUCUAACAAUAUUUUGGAAAAUUGGAGAUCCAUUUCCAAUUCUUAAUCCUAAACAGGGAAUCUUAAGCAUUGAGCAAUUGGUUUCACGAAUUGGUGUUAUUGGUGUGACUGUCAUGGCGCUAUUAUCCGGUUUUGGUGCUGUUAAUUAUCCAUACACAAAUAUGUCGUAUUUUAUCAGGGAAGUUUCUGCCGCGGAUGUUAUGACUGUUGAGAAACGAUUGAUGCAGACUAUGGAUAUGAUUGUUUUAAAAAAGAAGCGCAUUGCUGUUUCGAAAAGACAAAAUUUAGAUAAAAGCACCGACACUGGCGUAUAUCGAAAAGGAAUAUGGAGCAUGUUUAAUUCAAUUGGUUCCAAUAGAGGACAAGAAAACAUUUCACAACUUAAACUUGAAAUAUCCGGAUUGGAGGAACUAAGUCGUCAGUUAUUUCUCGAAGCACAUGAAAAACACAACAUGCUCGAGAGGAUAGAAUGGUCGAAAACGUGGCAAGGAAAAUACUUCAAUUUUCUAGGGUACAUUUUCUCCAUGUACUGUAUGUGGAAGAUUUUCAUUUGCACCAUUAACAUUGUUUUUGAUCGCGUAGGGAAAAAGGACAUUGUUACACGCGGCAUAGAAAUUGCUGUACACUGGAUGGGUUUGAAUAUUGAUGUCAAUUUCUGGUCACAACAUAUUUCCUUUAUACUUGUUGGGUGCAUUGUCAUAACAUCAAUACGAGGCUUAUUGUUGACACUUACUAAGUUUUUCAACAAAAUAUCUUCAAGUAAAAGUUCAAAUAUCAUCGUUUUGGUGCUGGCCCAACUCAUGGGCAUGUAUUUCUUAUCAUCAGUGCUAUUGCUCCGAAUGAGUAUGCCGCAGGAAUAUCGCACAAUCAUCACGCAAGUGCUCGGCGACUUGCAGUUUAACUUCUACCACAGGUGGUUUGACGUCAUAUUCCUGGUCAGUGCGUUGGCAAGUAUUUUAACAUUAUAUCUAGCGCACAAGGAACCCACGCAGGAUUUAAACGACUUAUAGUUGCCUAAAAAUAUAUUUUGAAUCGUUCGAAACGCUUCGGCCUUCUCUUAGCUCGCUAUCAAACAUUUCAGUUUGAUUCGAAUUUAUAGAAGCCUAAAUGAUAAUAUUAACAAAGUGAAAAUUCUAUUUACCAGUCGGUGGACGACCACUGCUUAUAUGCAUUUAUGAUGUAAAAGAUUAAUUUAUGAGUACGUGUAACGUGUGACUGAUCUUAAUUAAAGCAUUCGAAUGCAACGAUGCAAUAA